GUUGGUGUUAAAGCACCUGGGACACACACAUACAACUCUGCUGUACUUCAUCUGACAUUGUGUGAGUGGCUUCUUGUUGUUAGGUGUCACUGUGUGUACAUUGCCGAGUUAUACUACUCAUGUACUCACCUUUGGACUAUAAGCAGUUUCCUUAUUUCUGGGCAACCUGGACUUUAUCCUGCUAGUUCUUGUUUACGCUCACAUGCUGGACCAACCUUUUGUCACUGUUACAAACAAGGUAACUUCUCCUCUAAACUCCCUCAGGAGUGACUUUUGUGUCCACGUGUGGAUUUUUCCUGGUCUCUCUAACUGGAUUUGAAGGUUUAAGAUUAAAACACUGUGAUUACUUGUGUGCGAGCGAGAGCAUUCCUUGUGGAUUAAUAUCUAGGCAAAAUGAUGGAAGAGGUGUCCAUGAUGAUGGCCUACGAUGCCCAUGCUAUUGACCAAAUGAGUGAGGAGGAGGUCUUUGCCUGUCUGGUGGCUGAAACGGGACCUACAUUCACAGUCCCGACAAAGAAGGCUAAACUUAGGGAGAGCCGGCUUCAAAUAAUGACAGAUGAGGAAGACCUUUUGGACAAAUACCUGAGGGAAAACCGUCAUCUUCAGCAGACCAGCCUCCGCCUGGAGCAGGAAAAUGACAACCUGGCCCACAGACUGAUCACCAGCAAGAUCGCUCUGAGGAAUGCUCUGGACAAGACAGAAGACAGAGUAGACGAGCUGACCAAAGACCUUCAACAGACCCGGCAACGACUGCAGGCCACAGAAGACGAGAAAAGGGGCAAAGAAGAAGAAGCUGCCAUGCUGAAGGAAGUGUUUCGGAGAGAACUGGAGAAAGCUGAGCAUGAGAUCAGAAGGUCAUCUGGUGUCAUUGUAGAUUACAAACAGAUCUGCUCUCAGCUGACUCUGCGCCUGGAGAGACAGAAGGCCAGCCAUAGAGAGGAGUUAGAUUCACUCAAGAGUGCAAUGAAGGCUUGCUCCCGCUGUCAACACAUCGCAGAAUCAAUCACUUCAUGUUCCAACCCUGAAACAGAGGUGCAAACAGAAGGACUAGAGGUGCCUGAGCCAUGCAGGGAAGAGAACACAGGAGGUCCCACACAAGAAGAACAGAGGAGGGAGGACCAGGAGAAGGAGUCCCGCAGGGUUCAGAUCAGGGAGCUGGAACAGGAGCUGGCCCAGACCAAACUGCAAAUGGUGGAGGCCAAGUGUAAGAUCCAGGAGUUGGAGCAUCAGAAGGGACUCCUGGCAAAUGAUCUCCAGGAAGCGAAGAACAGCUGGAUCAGCAAGGCUUUCACCUCCCUCCGGACAUCCAGUGGGGGAAUUCACAGUAUGAACAUACCCAAAGAUGGGGCUCCAGCUGUGGGUUGGAACCUCCACAGUGUCUCCCUCUCUAGAUGGAGCUCCAAAAAGCUAUUGUGGCCUCACAGAGACAGUCAAGAAAAUCUAUGAAAGACUAGAAU